AUGUCUGACGUUAGUAUUUAUGUAAUAGCCAGUAUAUUGUGUCUUCAAAUAUUGAUUACUUGUCUUAACUCAACAGUUGGUCAAUAUAUAUAUGGAUUUUAUUUAGAAACAUAUCCUAAUUCAUCGAAUAAGACAUCUAAUUAUACAACAAUAAGUAUAUAUGAUUCAUUCUAUUCUUUCAAUCAAAUCAAUAAUGAAACAAACCAAUGUUUACAAAGUGAUAUUUCUCCUAAUAAAGAUGCUCAAGCAUGGGCACAACAACAUUCAGCUGAUCUAUUUUUUUGGACAAAUUUAAUGAGUAGUUGUCCGGUAAUAAUAAUGACUUAUAUUCUAGGUUUAUAUACUCCAAAACUAGGAAAACGUUUUGUACUUAUUAUACCAAUGCUAGGUACGGCUAGUCAAACAGCUAUUUGGUUAUCAAUCAUCUAUUUUCAUCUAUCUGAACUUUGGUGGUACAUAUCGGCAUUCUUAGUUGGUCUAUCUGGUUCCACUGGUCUUUUAGGUUUAACUUUAAAUUUAAUAAUUACCGAAAAUACAUUGGAAAAUGAACGUUCAUCUCGUUUUGUACGUUUGGGUGCAAUGCAAACAGCAUUAGCAGCAAUAGCAACAUUUAUUAUUGGUUAUUAUAUACUUUGGCGUGGCUUUAUUGAUCUAUAUUGGCUAUCUAUUUCAUUACAAAUAGUAUCUAUAAUUAUUGUUAUUAGCCUUUUUAAAAGGGUUGACACUAAUGUUGAUGAGCGAACACAUUUAUUAUCAUCAAUUAAUGGUCAAUUUAAAGAAACUUCAUCAAAUAAUUGUAAUAAUUUGUUAAAGAUUUGUAUAGCAUUUAAAUCAAAUCAACGGUCAAAGAAAAAAACUAUAAGUUUAUAUUUAACAUUAUUUUCAAAUAUAUUUUAUGCAUUAGCAGUAAUAUCAUUGUCACCAUUUCUAUGGUUUCUUCUAAAUAAACCUUUUUGUUGGACAUCAAAAGACAUUGGAAAUUAUUCAGCAUUAGCUGCUAUUUCUUCUGCAAUACUUAGUUUACUUGGUAUGCAACUAUUAACAUAUAUUGGUGCUAGUGAUGCAAUUAUAUGUGCAAUAAGUCAUAUAUUUUUUUGUCUAAUAUCAUUAUGGAAUGCAUUUGCACGACAUGGAUGGCAAUUAUAUGCUGGAUUAUUAAUAAGUGGAUUUUCUGGUUAUCAAGGUUCAUUAACACUAUCAAUGAUGUCAAAAUGGUUAGAAUUUUAUGAACGAAAUAAUGCGUUUACAUUUGUAACAGAAAUCAAUACAAUUAUAUCAACAUUUGGAAGUUCAUUUUUUAAUUGGCUUUAUGCACGUACAGUUGUUAAUCAUCGAAAUCUUAUAUUACUUAUUGCUGCCGGUCUUAGUAUUAUUCCAUUUAUUUUAAAUAUAUGUCUUUUUUUCAUAACUCGAAAAAUGCCAGACGAAGAAGCACUUCCACUUUCACAAACUGAUACAGAACCGGCGCCAUUUCGUUUAGAAAGCAAUAUAUUACCGCGUGUCGGCGAUGCUGCUUGUUUAAUUAUUCCAUCUCGAUCAUUGACUUCUUCAUUACGUACGCCAUCAAUGGAAAGAUCUCGAAUGAAUUCUGUUGAUGACGAUCAUAUGCAAGAAAUACUCAAUUCAUCAAUUAAUGAUUUGGAUAUUCUGUGA